AUGGCGGGAGGAAUCAAAGUAGCGGUGUCGCCGGCUGUUGGUCCCGGGUCCUGGGGCUGGGGGGCCGGGGAUGGUGGGGCAAUGCGGCUGUUCUUGGUCUUUUCCGGCUGCUUGGUCUGCGGCUCAGCUGGAAUUGAUGUAAAUGUGAUCAUGCUUCAGGAAUCCCGAGUUUAUAGUAUGAGUACCAGCCAACAGUUCUGUUAUAAAAAUGUGCUUGUCCCAAAGUGGCAUGAUAUAUGGACACGGAUACAGAUCCGGGUAAAUAGUUCCACAUUGGUCCGAGUCACCCAGGUGGACAAUGAGGAGAAAUUGAAGGAGCUCGAGCAGUUCAGUAUCUGGAACUUUUUUUCCUCUUUUUUAAAAGAGAAAUUGAAUGACACCUAUAUUAACGUGGGUCUAUACAGCACAAAAACCUGCCUUAAAGUUGAAAUUAUAGAGGAUGCCAAGUACAGUGUCAUUGUGACCCGGAGAUUUGACCCCAAACUCUUCCUCAUUUUCCUCCUUGGACUUAUGUUGUUUUUUUGUGGAGACUUAUUGAGCAGGAGUCAAGUUUUCUACUAUUCCACGGGGAUGAGUGUGGGAAUUGUGGCUUCUCUACUAAUUAUCAUUUUUAUACUAUCCAAAUUCAUGCCCAGGAAAAGUCCCAUUUACGUCAUCCUGGUGGGAGGCUGGUCCUUUUCUCUGUACCUCAUUCAGCUAGUUUUUAAGAAUUUACAAGAGAUCUGGAGGUGUUACUGGCAGUAUCUUUUAAGCUACAUCCUCACAGUUGGAUUCAUGAGUUUUGCAGUAUGUUACAAGUAUGGGCCCUUGGAGAAUGAACGAAGUAUCAACCUGCUGACCUGGACCUUGCAACUGAUGGGCCUGGGUUUCAUGUAUUCCGGCAUCCAGAUACCUCACAUUGCCCUUGCCAUUAUCAUCAUUGCACUGUGUACUAAGAACCUGGAGUACCCUAUUCAGUGGCUGUACAUCACCUACAGAAAGAUGUGUAAGGCAACAGAAAAGCCUGUCCCCCCUCGUCUCCUGACAGAAGAAGAAUAUCGGAUACAAGGAGAGGUAGAGACCCGAAGGGCUUUAGAGGAGCUCCGAGAAUUUUGUAACAGUCCAGACUGUUCUGCUUGGAAGACUAUUUCUCGAAUCCAGUCUCCAAAAAGAUUUGCUGACUUUGUAGAAGGUUCGUUCCACCUCACACCAAAUGAAGUUUCCGUCCAUGAACAGGAAUAUGGAUUAGGGAGCAUUAUUGCCCAGGAUGAGGAAGCAACUUCUGAGGAGGAGGAGGAGGACUCAGGUUCUCAGCACCUCAUUGCCACACAGAACAAUUUCCUGACUUAAGUGUGGUGGUUAUUUAUUUUCAUGUAGACUGAUUUGGUGCCUCGGUGGUUGUGUUGCAAACACUGUGCAUUUCUUACAGGCCUUUACAGCAGGUUGAAGGAUAGUGCAGAAAUUAAAUGAGAGGCCUGAGUAGAUCUCUCUGGGAAUGAUUGUGGUAGUCUCUGUGGGAUCCCUAAGGAGGGAGAGUGGACAAAGUGAAUGCUAUGGUAGUGUGCUUUCCACCUGUUAAGUUAU